AUGAGCGUUUAUGCCGUAACUACGGCGACACCGACAACGAGUGCGAUAAUAUCGACGACAACGGCAACGACGACGACAGCUGUGACACCGACGACGACGGCUACGCCGACGACAACGGCGCCGGCGGUUGCCGUGUCGCCCGAAGCUGCACCUGGUUGGACAGAAUUCUGUGAGAGACACGCCCGCGCUUCGGCUUCUGAUUUUGCUAAAGCUUUUUGUACCUAUGUCGGUUUAAAUUUACCAGAGAGUGCUAGAUCGAAUCUUUCUUACCGUGAUUUUUUACGAAAAUUUAUCGAGAGCUUUUGCGAGCACUUUGAAAGCGAAUACCUACGUCGUACAAUUAGGUAUGCUAUGAUGUUGAACAGACGUGUUCUGUUUGCUUUUGUAAUUCUCUCGAUUCAGUACGAUACAACACCGUUUACAGCGAGAGCGAUUUGCACGAACUUGAAAGAACUUAUUUCCUUUUUCCCCCGUUGCCCUGACAGGUCACCGUCCUUGUACGACGCCAGGCACGUAGCGACCAACGACGGAGAUGUCAACGCUGUAAGCCAAAACAACAACGCCCCUGUGCGUGUAUCGUCUCGCGAGGAAUUCAGCGAUUACUCCGAGCACGAUGGAGAUGCGAUAUCGCCGAAACCUGCGCGCAAGCCCUUUUUCCGCCGUUUAUCUUUCAAAGGGCUUAAAAAGGGUAAGAGUUUCUUUCACAAACAGCAAAGCGACGAAGUGGAGUUGUCUCACAGCGAGCAUCGUAGAGACAAACAUUCGAGAGCUAAGCUUUCCAAGAUCGUGGUGGAAUGUAGGAAGGAGGGCGUCGUUAACUCCUUGAUGGGAGAGAAUAUUGACGGGACGCAGAAAUGGGAGAGGUCUAGGCUUGCCUUGAUAAAAGCGAUUGGCGGAUACAUGUUGGAAUUUUAUUCUCCUCCGAAAGCAGUGAAACCGCGUAGCGGUGUCUUUUGUUCUGCGAUAACCGAAGCUAGGGAAACGACUGCCUUGGAAAUGCCGGAUCACGAGAAUACCUUUGUGCUAAAGACGCAAAACGUGGAAUUUGUAAUAGAAGCUCAUAUUACUGCCGAUUCCUUGGGACAUGGUUCGUCGGCUGUUGGUAGUGAAGGAGAUAGAUUAAGAACUAACUCUGCGAGUAAAAGUUCCCGAUCUACGUCCCGUGAACACGGAGAUGAAGCAGGUCUGGGCAAUCCUCCGGAGAUACCUCCCAGACUUCGCGUAAGAAGUAACAGUAAUCUGGAAUUAUGUUCGUCGCAACAAGAUAUCGAACAAACGAAUGCAAAUGACGGCGAGUUGGAUUUGUCUAGCAGUUUGAGAGAAUAUCCGUGGUUUCACGGGACCCUUCCCAGAUCGGAUGCGGCGCAGCUUGUUUUACAUAGCGCUGCUAACGGUCACGGUGUGUUUCUCGUUCGACAAAGUGAAACGAGAAAAGGAGAAUUCCAUUUGCGUAUGACGUUGAAUGACCAAGGACAUUGUAGAGUUCAGCAUCUCUGUUUUCCUGCUAUAUACGAUAUGCUCGAACAUUUUCGUCAAAAUGCCAUACCUCUCGAAUCUGGUGGAACGGCAGACGUAACUCUCGCAGAAUUUGUUGUGGCGAGUCACGCAAUACGGCCGGGACAUCGUGACACGUCUGGAGUAAAUCGACAACAGUUGCAAGAAAGGAGACCGCCAGCUGCUCCGGAGCCAAGAGAAGUAAGAGUCAGCAGUGGAAGUCUAACUCGUCUUGAGUGA